AUGUUAGCGUUCAAAAUCGGUGGCUAUUUACUGCUCAAUCUCCUAUUCGUCCAUUUCGCAAAGGCCGAAGAUGUGGAGAAUGACGACGACGACAAAGAUUACUACAAAUUCCUGUACGACUCCAUGAAAGUUCGUUCUAUAUUAAAGACAUAGGGGCAGUAAAAAAAACGGGGUUUCAGGUGAAAGCAGCAUCUUAUAUAGUUUUUCUUUGCGAAUCGAAUGGUGUACUCAAAAAAAUUACAGAUGUGACUACUUUAGAAGAAAAACGCAAUUUUACUUUCCCGCUUUUAAUUUUGAAAAAUGCUUUGGAUUGGUAUGCAGACAACUGUUUACAGUAGCCGUGCACGCGAUGUUGCGGACGUCUCCUUAGACUCGCAUUUUGUGAGAAACAACCGGAUAUCUGCUUCACAUCAAGGGUUUCUUCUCUGAAAAAACAAUUAGUCAAAUAAAAAACACACACCGAUAUUAAAGAACAAAUAAUCGCAAUCCCAAUCGAAACCUGUGUUAAAUCAUCAUUUUUCACCAGAAAAGAUUUUUUGCGAUCAAAGUUUGCAAAUUAUACAUGAAUAGAAAGCUUUUGUAACAAAAAUAACUUUGAUGACAACAGAAAAAAUUAAAAAUUGAAAGAAACGAAGAAAAAAGCGAAAAAGCAAAAGUUUUUUUUUUCAAAACUAGGAACUUCUGUACGUUUCCAUGUUCACCAUUCGAUUUGCAAUGAAAAGCUUUACAAAAUACUGAUUUGAACUGAAACACCGUUUUUACUGCCCCUACGCCUUUAAGUGUGUCAAAAUUGGGAAAAAAAGGGACAUAUACUGAGAUUAUGUAUGAACUUUGGAGGGAUCAUUUUUGUUGGUCUUUUUGAAAACCUUAUGAUUUUUUUUAAUGAUUUUUGAAAAUGAAUCUCGAAAAUUCGCAGCAGUUCAUGAAAAUUCAGAUAAAUGACGAAAUAAGAAGAGCGCCAAAGCUACUGCCGCUGCAGCGAAACAAAGUUGUUGGAUCCCCAGUGAAAUUAGAAGAUAGCGUACAACUACCAGGUGACUCUAUUUGGAUAUUCGCAUUUUUUCAACCAUAUUCGCAUUUUUCAACCAUAUUUGCAUUUUUUCAACCUUUUCUUGCUUACAAUAAUGAUUCUUACUUGUCUCUUUCUCUCGAAAAGCUGGAAAUUUCCAAUGAAAACAGGCUCAAAAAAUGAAACUUUAUUCAUCUUCACACAACUGGAUUUCCAAUCGAACAAAGUUUGCUCUUGUUUUUUAUUAAAUCUUUAUUGAUGUUUCGAACUUCUUCUAUCAAAAUUUACAUUUUGAACAGACAUAUUUUUGUCUUCAUUUCCUUUUUCAACGCGGUUAUGAAAAAGCAGUGAACUCACCAUUCUCAAAAAUUAAGGAGGUUAUUUUCCCUUACCGGGUCGAACAACCUACGGAGAUUAUUGGCCGCUCAUGCCUUUCGUCAACCAAUAUCACGCUGCUGCAACGUACGAUCCAUCCCGUUCAAGGGUAUCUUUUUAUCACUUCUAGUUAAAGAAAUUGAAAAAGGUCAUCAAAAAAGUUUUAGCACGUCGGUGGUGAUCUUCUAAUUCCAGUUCCUUUCUGGAACAACUUUUUGGACAUGAGUGGACACUACAUCGAACGAGUUCAAGUUUGAGAUCAUCCUUUUUCUCUUCGAAAUUUGUUUGAUUUCAGGAUUACUGGGUAAAAGUUGGAUACGUCAAUUCACCGGUGAACAUGAUGGGACUUCGACCUGAGCAGCUGAAGCAACUGAUGUCUGACCCGGCACUUCAUUGGAACAAACGUAAGGACACUAGGAAAAAAUAUCAUCAUAGUAAGCAAAAUCUCGUUUCAAUUAUCAGAAACUUUUUACGCUACACAGAAAAAAUCCUACUUAUUUGUCUGGCUUCGAAAAAUCUUUUGAACAGCAAAAGACUUCACAGUCGAUCUCUGUAAACAGUGGCCAGAGCGUGCUGCGUAGUGCUGGGUACAAGACACGAUUUUUGAAACACAUUUAUAAAAUUAUUGGAUCAAUUUGUUCGAUCAAUAUUCAACAAAUAUUCUCCAGAACUCCGUUUUUUUAUUUUUUUAAAGAUUCUGGUAACAGCUUUAUGUCUUCAAUUGCUACAUCUGUUAUUGCAGAAUUGCAUCCUCGUCUUCCGAUUGCCGCGAUUCCAAGAGACUACGUUCCAGUUUCUUGCAAGCCCCCUAUGUGUAACCCAUAUCAAGCUUCUAUUGGAGUUGGAGUAAAAUGAAAACUUGAAAAUUCAUCUCUGAAGAAAAUGUUCAGGUAGAGGCCAACUACAAGGUUGAAGACGGCUUUGAAGGGGAGUUGGAUUUGCCUAUCCCUCUUUCUAAAGACAUUGCCUAUCGUCUACCUGUCUCUGGAAAUAUUCACUUUGGUCGGUUUUACAGCGAAAAUUUUUUUUCUUCGGAUAGCAAUGAAGAUCAUCAUGAAAAUUACAGAUAAAGAUGACACUUCCGUUUCCUAUGGUCAGCACUUGGCCCCCAUCGACCCCAUGAGCGAAGUUUUAAACAUUCCUAGACCAGAAAGCCAUCCUAACGAGAAACUGUGA